AUGCCGAUCCCACUCCUCCUCCUCCUCCUGGCCCAACAUACUGCCACGGCACUCAGGCUGCCGCCACCGCCGCUGCCGCACCUGACUCCUGCCGCGCUGGCUGCGCUCGCGGGGCUCGUCGUGAGCACGCAGCGGCCGGCGCUGUCAUCCACACCUCCGGCGCAGACGUCCGCCACUCUGCGGCCCUCGGCGGCGUCGCAGCCGUCCGCCGCCGCGCUGCAGAGUUCGGCGCGCGACGAGGCAGGGCUGCAGACCGUGUUCGACGAGGACAUGAAUGGCUACCUCGUCUUCAAGGACGCCGCCGCCUCGCCAAAGCUGCAGCGCUUCCGUUUCACCGGGCGUGUCAGCUCCGACCUCGAGGCGCGGCAGCAGUCGGCGCAGAGCCGCGCGCUGCGGCGCGAGGACCUCGCCACAGCGCUGAGCGUCCUCAACCUCAACGCCACCGUCGCCGGCAGGGAGGCCGCCAGCGCCACCGCCGCGCCGCCCGCCCCUUCGCCGCCCCCGCCCGCGCCUUCGCCGCCGCCGGCCCGCCUGCUGUACGAGCGCCCGUGGGAGGGGCUCGACGCCGCGCUCCUCACGUCGGCGCCUCAAGGGGCAGUCUUCUGGGCGGUCAAGGACGUGGUGCGGCGGGAGAUGCUGGCGCGGCUCGGCAUCACGGCCGGAAGCGGUACGCUCUUCCUGCAGUACUUCACGCCGCAGUACACGUCGCCGCCGCCGCUGCCGGCGUGGGCGGUCGCGCUCGGCCUCGACUGGCGCGCGAUCGCGACGCUCGUGGCGGUGGCGGCGGGCGAGGUUGCCUACUGGCUGGUGCGGGCCCCCACCGAGGUGCAAAAGACGAGGGCGCAGCUGAGCGCGCUCGUGCUCGACGGCGAGGAAGACGCCGCUGCAGGCGGCGGCGGUGCGAGCAGCGAGCGCGGUGCGCGCGGUGCGGACGGCGAGGGCGGUGCGGGCGGCGAGGGCGGUGCGGGCGGCGAGGGCGGCGGCGCGGGAGGAGGCCUCGCCUCGCGGGCCGCCUCGCGCCUCGCGUCGGCGCUCUCCGUCUUCGACGCGUACCCGCUGCUCGCGCUGUGCGACCUGCCGACGGUCGUGCUGCGCGUCUACUUCUUCCUGCUCCUCCGGCUCGCGGGCGGGGCCGACUACCUGGUCGGCCUGGACUCGCUGACGGCCGACCUGCUCCUCUACACGGCGGCCUCCGUCGCCGCAAACGGGCUGACGACGCCGCUCGAGGUCGUGCGCACGCGCCUGCUGCUGCAGCGCUCGGGCAGCUCCGCCACGCAGUACGCCGGCAUCACCGACGCGCUCGCCACGAUCUACAGGGAGGAGGGCGCGGCGGCCCUGUUCCGCGGCCUGCCGGUGCGGCUGGCAUGGAAUGGGCUCUGGGUGGGCGCAAUCUUGGGCGUGCAGCGCGCCUACUAUGCCGACGCGCAAACCUUCUUCUUGACGGUCGUGGGCGAGGCGGCCGAGGCGCUUGCCAGGCCGCUUCGUAGUAGUGUGUUUUAG